AGGAAGACAGAGCCGGAAAUAGUAAGAACAAAGAAAAUGAAAGUGUGUGAAUGUGCUAUGAAUUAUUUUUUCAAUUUCAAAAGAAAGUAUAUACUGUGGCAGUUUUUAAAACGUAUUAUGUGAGCAAGGGGAAUAGAACAAGUGAAAAAAUAAACUACGGGAUGUCUCUGAGAAAACAGAUGAGAAUCAACUGAUUGAUCAAAAUCACGCUAGCAUAGCAAAAUGUUUGUAAUAGCAAGGAUACUAAUAACCAUUGCUUUGUUUCACCUGGGAUUGUGCAUGGACUUACCUGCCCCUGUAGAUCUGGACCUGUCCUCUCGAUAUUUCGUCCACGUGUUGUCCUGGAAAAUGGGGCCAGGUUCUCCUGAUGGUGUACACUAUAAAGUCAGCGUGCAUGCACUCGAAGGGGGGACCGUGGUGGUGAAGGAGUGUGAAAAGGUCACAUUCCCUCUGCGAUGUAAUCUCACAGAAGCCUUUUCUAAUGUGGAGGACAUCUAUUACGUCAGUGUGACUGCUGUUCUGGGCAACCGCACCUCACCAUCUUCUGACCUCAACCCAUUCAAACCCAUUCAGAACACGAUCUUGGAUACUCCGCUGCUGACAGUAACUGCAUGUAACCAGUGGCUCUGUAUAAGUCUCAGAGCACCUGCUGAGAAUCUCCACAAAGUUUACAAUUCAUUCUGGUUUCAAUAUCAAUUGACAGUCACCAGUGAAGAUGGACCAGCGUUUAGUAUGAAAACUGAAGGGUUACAGAAUGUGACCAUAAAGAACCUGGCCACUGGACAAAGGUACUGUGUGAAUGUCAGUAUCGUUGACUACAGCCCACCCAAUAGACCAGCAGUAUGUGCCUCCAUUCCCAAAAGAGCAAAUGUUUCAGAUGCCAUUAUCUCAGUUUUCCUGUUUCUGCUGAUGUUGCUGAUAGUGAUGUGUGCACCACGAUUCUUUCCUCGCUGUUUCUGUCUAAAAAGAGAUCUUCCUCCAGUUCUGAGUUCAUUUCCGAAUGGGAAUAAAGUUCUCCAUGUCACUGCUGUUGAAUCAUUUAACAAGCUCUGUGAGGGGAGAAACUCCAUCGACAAGAUAAAGAUAAACACGGAGGAAAAUGAGGAGGAAGAAGAGGCCGAGGCACAGGCACUGUAUCUGAGCACUCGAGGUUCUCCACUCUGUGUUUAUCCAGUGACCUCUCGAUCGGUUUCGCUUAUGAAUCAAACUCCAGAUACAAGCCUGGCGUCUUCCACAGAUGCUCAGAGUGCUAAUCUGAUUGUGUUUGAAGGCAGCCAUAGCCAUCCUGACCCAACAGCCUCUCCUAGGCUCCCUAAAGGAACGAGUGCACUUCAGAAUUUAACUUCUGUUUUCCCCACACACGUGGAGAAUGAAGACCAAGAGAGCAGUACAGAUGUGAACCUGUUUUCUGUGAUGUUAGGAGGAGUUUCUGAUAAAGCUGAACCUGAUAAAACCUGCACUAUUAAAGAUGAUGUGCAGGAAUCAGGUGCUCAGCAUCUGUCC